GUACCUAGCUUUGUAGCUGGUUGCUGAGAAGGGUUGCAGGCUGCAGUCACCCUUUGAGUGGAGGAAGUUGGAGGCUGGCAAACCCAGAGAAGUGGGAAGCUAUAUGUGUACAAAGAAACCAGGGAAAUAGCAGUAAGAGGUAGAACUGUACAGGGACUGCGGCUGCUUGUUGUAAGGUCCCUGGCUUAGAACCCAGUGUAGAGUGUGGGCCUUGGUUUCCCUACCAGCCACUGCGGAGUAGCAAGUGCAUUGGAGGCACCAGGAAGCAGGUCUGGAAAGAUUGAAUUUCCUGGAGGGGAUGACUUUGUGGCUUGGCUCUCCAGUCAUCUCACUAGAGAGGAAGCUGCAGACUUGGGAGAGAGUGGGGCCAUAAACCAAGACAAGAUAGUAGAAGACUACACCAGAGGGAGAGUGCAAGCUGACAGAGCUAAUGCCCAGGAUGGCCAGCAGGAGGUGCUGCUUAUGCCUGUGGAAGGUCUGGACUGGAGACUUGAGAGCCAGGGAAGCUGGGCUAUGUUGCAAGUAGUCCUGAGGAAAGAAUUAAGUGGAUGUUUGAAGCUGAAGCAGAUGGGCCAUGGUCACACUGCCAGAGUCUUGCUAUGGCUGCAUACCCUGGAAGGCGAGGAGUAAGCCAACGUACCAGCAGGAGGAGACUGUGGACCUGCAAGGGAAACUGAGGCAUAGUUGUACCUCUUAAUGGAGAGGGCUAGCAUUAGAAAUUGGUACCAGCAGCAGGCCAGAUUCAGCUAUGGGAAUUCAGGCAUGAAGUUGACCCCUCUCAAUCAUUUCCUAUAGAUGAGACAUAGGACAAGCUGUGGUAUUUAUGAGCCGGCAUUUCUUGUACUACUGCAGUGAACCUACCCUGGAUGUGAAGAUUGCCUUUUGUCAGAUGAGGAAGGGACACUAUGACAAGGGUUUCAAAAAAUUAUCAAUAGAAACAAACUCGACAAGAAGGCAAAGAAUACUUGGCUUGUCAGAGGGAUUUGGGAAACAAGUGGAUGUGUCAUAUAUUGCCAAACAUUACAACAUGAGCAAAAGCAAAGUUGACAACCAGUUCUACAGCGUGGAAGUAGGUGACUCGACCUUCACCGUUCUCAAGCGCUACCAGAACUUAAAACCUAUUGGCUCUGGGGCUCAGGGAAUAGUUUGCGCUGCAUAUGAUGCCGUCCUUGACAGAAAUGUGGCUAUUAAGAAGCUCAGCCGACCAUUUCAGAAUCAAACGCACGCCAAACGAGCUUACAGGGAGCUGGUCCUCAUGAAGUGUGUGAAUCAUAAAAAUAUUAUCAGUUUAUUAAAUGUCUUCACACCACAGAAAUCUCUGGAGGAAUUCCAGGAUGUUUACCUGGUAAUGGAGUUGAUGGAUGCCAACUUGUGCCAGGUGAUUCAGAUGGAAUUAGACCAUGAACGAAUGUCUUACCUGCUCUACCAAAUGCUGUGUGGGAUCAAGCACCUUCACUCUGCGGGAAUCAUUCACAGGGACUUAAAACCAAGUAAUAUUGUGGUAAAGUCCGAUUGCACGUUGAAGAUUCUGGACUUUGGACUGGCCAGGACUGCAGGCACCAGCUUCAUGAUGACUCCCUAUGUGGUGACACGUUAUUACAGAGCACCAGAGGUCAUCUUGGGAAUGGGCUACAAGGAGAAUGUUGACAUGUGGUCAAUAGGGUGCAUCAUGGGAGAAAUGAUUAAAGGUGCUGUGUUGUUUCCUGGCACUGAUCAUAUUGACCAGUGGAAUAAAGUAAUUGAGCAGCUGGGAACACCAUGCCCAGAAUUCAUGAAGAAGCUACAACCCACAGUGCGGAACUACGUUGAGAACCGACCUAAGUAUGCUGGUCUCACUUUCCCCAAACUUUUCCCAGAUUCUCUCUUCCCAGCCGACUCAGAACACAACAAACUCAAAGCCAGCCAAGCCAGGGACCUUUUGUCAAAGAUGUUGGUGAUUGACCCAGCCAAGCGGAUAUCAGUGGAUGAAGCCUUACAGCAUCCAUACAUUAAUGUGUGGUAUGACCCUGCAGAAGUGGAGGCGUGGAGUGUUUUCUGCUCACCAGACUUAAAAAAGCCUCCUCCUCAGAUAUAUGAUAAACAGCUGGAUGAAAGAGAACAUACGAUUGAGGAAUGGAAAGAAUUGAUCUACAAGGAAGUAAUGAAUUCUGAAGAAAAAACUAAAAAUGGAGUAGUAAAAGGACAGCCUUCUCCUUCAGGUGCAGCAGUGAACAGCAGCGAAAGCCUCCCUCCAUCCUCAUCUGUCAACGACAUCUCCUCCAUGUCCACUGACCAAACCCUGGCAUCUGACACCGAUAGCAGCUUGGAAGCUUCUGCAGGACCCCUCGGUUGUUGCAGGUGACUAGCCGCCUGCCUGCGAAACCCAACGUUCUUCAGAAGAUGAGGCAAUUUAGGGGGAAAAUAAUAACAAGAAUAAACGAUGGAAAGGAAGAGAAAUAAAAGAUAAAGAUUUAAAUGAAACAAAACCCUUUUCAGCCUGCUUCUCCUACAGAGUUAUGUAAUGCAGCUAAGCUCAAGUAUAUAUUUAACUUAUAGUUGCUCUGCUUUGGUCUUCUUCCAAUGAUGCUUACUGAAAAAAAAGGGAAUUAAAGAAGCCUUUUUUUCCCCAUGAAAUGUAAAAUUAAUGGCUGCAAAACCAGCAACCUGCAACUGUCCUUUUUCACACUGGCAUGACAAGGUGUGCAGUAGCCACUCUACAUAUGUAUGUGUGUGUAUCUGAUUUCACUAUCUUGCUAAUCUAUUUUACUACUUCUGGCCACUUAGAUAUAGAUACACACACAUUUAUCUCAGUACAUGUACAGCAAACAUACACAAAUGUGUAUGAUAGUAUGUGCAACUGUGUAUCUCUAUACAUUAUAUACAGAUACGCAGUGUGCACUCUAGAACUAAUUGGCCCAUUUCAUGUGAACAUCUGUAACAUAUUGCCAGUAUAUAAUCUGUUCUGUUUGUUCAUUAAGUUGUAUAUCAUAUAAGAUUUGUAAAAGCAAAAAUAAGUCAAGCCUGAGCUCUCUCAGACCCUUGAAGAUGUAGCACCCCAAUUUCAACUGAUAUAUAUAUUUUUAAUAAUACUGGUUUGUACGGAGGAUGCACAGAAUGGAGAUUUACAAGGAAAAUGUGCAUCAGUUGUGCAUGCUAACAUUUGUUGCUUUGAUUUUUAGCACAGAUAUGAGCUAGGACCAGGUUAAAAGGAAGCACAUCUAUCUUUGGGAGCUGUUGGGGUUGAGGAUGGAGGAGUUGUCCUGUGAAUACCUAAUAUCUCAGCCCACAAGGACUUCAGAGACACACUUUUCAUAGUGAUAAUACAGUGAGUUACUUUUCUUAGCUUAUAGAUAGGCUUAUCAUUGUUAAUUAUAAUGUGUAUGUGUGUGUUAGGGGCUAAAAUGUGGGGGAUAGGCUCAGAUAACAACAAGAAGGAUGUACACAAUUUUUAUGUAUCAUUUAUGACUAGGUGCUUGGUCAGCCAGGAUUGCAGACAAGGGAUGUUUGCAGUCUACUCCCUCUCUAGGUGUUUGUUGCUGCAAAGGAGUUGAAUUCCCUUUAAAUAAUUUCCCUUGUGGGAAUUACAUUACUUGGACACCACUGAUUCUAUAGUUCCUUUCAGCCUUUCCCCCCCGCCCCCUGGUGACAAAUCAGCUGAUUCCUCAAAGUGCUUCAUCAACUGGGCUACACCUAGCAGGUUAGUAAAUUGAAUGGUCAAAUAUUCUCAUACAUUUAAUAUGCUUUGCCUUUAUUUAACAGCCAGGAGCCAAGCUGAGAGUGUAACAAUCUGGAUCUCAGGCAGCUUUUGCAUAUUUCCAAAGAAGCCAAUAUUGAGUAAAUAUCAAUUGAAUUUUGAUGGAUAAUAAUACUUUGGACCUGCAGCAGAGAGUAGUGUCAGGUCUUUUAACAGCAUACAGCAACACGACACAAUUGUUUAGGGCAACUGAAGAACUGUUUUUCCUCCUGAAACAGCAAUGAGAAUUUUAGGUAGGCAAAAUGCAACUGUCUGAGUUGGACUUUAGCCAGGAUUCUAGGGUUCACAUCUCUCUCCUCUUAUCCAAAUGUGCUGUGCCAUCUGUAAUGUAUGCCUCAUCCAAAUGGCAGGAAAAGUUAAUUUAAAUAGCUUAUUCUAUUUAACUGUAAUGUAUGACAAUUUUUGAAUCUAUAAAUAUUUGAUUGGACAGUUGACAAAUCUGCCAUCCCUAAACUGGGGAAAAUAUCUGAAUAUCAACUGAGAUUUUGUCCAAAGUAAAAAGCAAAGAAUAAAGCUUCCACUCAAGUAUGUAAAAUAAAAAUAAAGAAUAAAUGUAAUGUAAACUCAGAGUUAAUAGCUCUGAGUGGUCUUGAAAUUACACUAUAAAGUAAUUUUUCCCCAGGUAUGUUUUGGUGGCUUUUUUUCCAUGACAUUUUUUCAUAUAUUGAAAACAAAAUUAUGUAUGUAAUUUUUCAAAAAAACUCAGUUUCAGCAGUAGGUGUGAAAGCAAUAAGUAUAAACAAUAAAGUACUACUGCUAAUAGAUUUAGCAAUAUUCUCUCUUAAAGCCAUGAAACAUCAAAUCAUCGUUUAGCAACAUGACCUUAAUCCAGCCUCAGGUGAAUGCAAAUACUCGUGAAAGUGUUUAAAGGGAUACCACAAUGCAUUGUAGGUGUGUCAAAAGCAAUAACACCGAGGGGGAUUCCCUAGCAAUAAUAGCAGUUAUCAGCUCCAGAUUUCCAUCAUCAUAGAUUAACACUAGUAAAAUAUAGAGAAUUCACCUCCAUUUUAGGUUGUCUUCUCAACCGAAAAAAGGGUGAGCCUCUUGGAGUGACAGAUUAUUAAAUGAGUGCAACUAACCACAAACAUGCCAUAGAAUUUCAGAACAAUUUCUGGGAAGUGCUUCGUAGAGAGCUACUUAAAGUGUGUGGAAACUCUCCCAAGUUUCAUCUGUCAAAACUAGAACAACGACCACUCUCUUGUGCAGUACAAUUCAUUUUUCCCUGGGCUCAUGAAAAGGGAUGCGGUCACCAUAAAAGACGUCCCAGUGAUUGAUUGGCACUAUAGGAAUCCCUAAGAUAGAGAAUACAGUUUAUCUAAAUGCCCAUCUAAGGCCCUGAUUCAUCUAAACACCAAUGCAUGUGCCUAAGUCACACACAGGUCAAUGGGAUUUACUUAUAAUUAAGCAUAUGCUUUAGUUCUUUGCUGAAUAGGGAUGAACAUAGUUAAGUGCUUUGCUGAGUUGUGGCCUAAGUAAACAAUCAUAGCAUUUCUUUUUAUCCUUAAAUUUGUCAAUCUUCCUUUUGGGCAGCUCUGCUCUUUGAAGGGUGCAAGGCUCUCCACCCUGGACAAAGCUAUCAGCAAAUGAGCAAUAGACCUUGUCGGAUCUGUCAGAGCUGGAGUAACAACCCCUCAAACCUGAAUAGUAUCAUUCAUUUUCCCUUGGCUCAGGAAGUUGAUGCUGUCAGCAUGUAACCUAAAGGAAUACAGGUACCGAUCAACUAGAAACUACAGUGACUGAUGCUCUGUAAAUACCUAUGGAUAGAUAAAAACCUUCAUAGCUUCUAGAAGUUCCAGACAUCGGUGUUUCAAGCCUUUUCUUCAUUAGUUCAAUAUUGUAGCCAGCAUGAAAUGAUGGUUGCUCUUAUUCUCUCUCUUGCAAGUGAUUUUUAAAUCUACCUCUGUUUUUAAUAAUAUUAAUACAUACCUCGCACUUAUAUGCUUUCAAAGUGCUUUACAGCUAAAAUAAUGGAGAGAAUGAGAGACAUUCUGGCUAAGGGCUAGAUUUAAUGCCUGAAGCUGCCGAUAGGAACCUAUGCACUUUUGAAAUAUCCCACUAGGCACCUAACUGUCAUUGACUUCCAUUGAAGUUAGGUGCUUUUGAAAAUUCCAUUAGGCACCUAUCUGCAUCUUCAGGUGUCUGAUACCUUUUAAUACCUGCCCUUAAGUGACUUCCUUAAAUCAUGUUGAUAGCCACUGGCAGAGUAAGGUGAUCGCCAAUCUCUGUUCUGAACACUAGUUAAAGUCACUUUAAGAAACUGUAAAAGGAGGAAAUGAUUGAAGAACCUUUCCAAUGGGGCUACUACAUCUUCAGGGGCAUCUUCCUAAGUUUCUGGAUGGUAUGAGAACCCUACAGGAAUUACAGUGAACUAAUGCUUCUAAGAGACUGAUAUUUUUCCUUGUUUGAACGUGAAGGAGGUUGAAAUAAACAGAUGGUUAUGCAGAUCUAGCUAUUGGUAUGGAGAUUAACCUUGCUCCUGCAAACUUGAUGGCUGUUGGAAGAGUGGUUUCUUUUUAGGCUUGCUCUGGUUAUGCAACACCCACAAUGCAUGACUGACUAAUCAUUUCCCUUAUAGAAAAAUAUAGAAUGUAACAGAAAAUUAUCACCAGCCUAUAGAAUUUAAAUAGAGGUAUAAUUUUCUGCUAUAGGAUUCUAAAGAUUGGUUCACUAAAUCUCCAUAAAGGAUAAUAUCCAGAGAGCCCUACUGGUUUCAAUAAAUUCUAAAGAAACAUUCCAUGAGGAUUGUAAAGUAUCUUUAGACAAUUAAAGUAUUUCUUUAAGUUGGUCCAACACUGAGAUGUUUGCAUUCUUCUUCUGAAUUAUUCUAGUUUACAUGGGAUGCCUGAUGUACCCUCAAGUUCAGUAGAAUACUGCAUCACAUAGCGUGGAAGUACACUUCUGGUAGCUUAUUUUGUUUAUCAAAAACAGAACCUAGAUGACGAACACAUCCCUAAUUCAGUGAAUUUUUCCUCUUGAAAUUCUUUUCUUCAUGGCAUAAAUCUGUAACUCCAAGAGGUGGCAACAUUGGCUAGAUCAGAUGAUGCUGUGACAGUACCACUCACUUUGCUAAAUUUACAAGCCAAGCUGAGGCUCCCAUAUGUGGUUUCACCUUCAGGCUGUUACCUGGUGCUUACUGAAAAAACUAGACUUAUGUUAGUGCCCUGAGGACAAUUUCCAUAACACUGUCCCUUCAUUAAAUCCCAUCCAAGUUGAUACUAUUGAGUAGAGCUGGUUGGAAGUUUUCUAACAACAAUUUUUUUUCAUCUGAACAUGCUGAUUCAUCAGAACCCAAACUGUUCAUGAGACAGGGUUGGUUUUGAUGAAGCUUCCAAUUUGAAAAAAUUUGGAGGGAGAAAAAGGUUUUGAAAUUGCCACAAGUCCCAAGUUGACCUGAUCUGCUUUGUAUUAUUAUGAUCAGGUUGCAGAAGUUUUUCAAGAUUUUCCCUAUUUGGGACAAGACAAAUUUUCAAAAUCUCUAAAAUUCUCAACCCAGCUAUACUGUUUAUUGUUUCUGAGGAGAGGAACACAGAAUGAAAACCUGUUGGGAAAGAAUUAGAUUUUUGUUAAAUAGUCAGGCAAACACAAGUGUGAGUUAGGUGUUUAGGUUUGUAUUUUUUCUGCGUGCACGAGUGGGUGUGUAUUUUUAGGUUCUUCAUGAUAUACUAAUAUUUGAUCCAAAUUUCUUAAUGUGGAAAACGACCCUGUAAACUUAAUCAAACCUUGCAUCUUCAAGAAUCUGAUAGUUGUGCUUGUUUCAAUUUACAUCAGUUUUCAAAGGAUACCAUUAACUUGUGGCAGGCUGAAGACGAACUUUAAAUAAAUAUACCCCCUACACAAACAAAAAAAACAAUGUUCAGCAGAUUUGAAUAUUCCACAACUAUGUAAUGUCUUAAUUAGAAAAAAAAUUGUUUGUCAUCUUUGAGGAGUUGGAAAAUAACUCUGUCCAAUGUAAUUUAGUGGAAUCCAUGAGAUAUAUUAGGAACUUGUCAGUAAGACCUAAUAUCUCUUUUUUUAAUUUGGUAUUGAUUGCAAGAGCUGAAUUGUUUAAACCUCAUUUCUGUUCAAUCUCGUUGACAAAUGUCAGGUUAAGGCCUUUGGAGAAGAUCCAAGUCUGCAAAAAGAACAUUGAAAACUCCUGCCAAGGCCAAGUGAGUCAUUUCCAGCUGAGGCUGAAAAGUUGAAAUGUAUAUACUCAAGUAAGACUUGGCCACUUUGGAAACUAAAAUACCCUCAUUGUGCUUAUCAGUUUAGACAGGCACACCUGUUCUCUUUGCUAAUUUCCACUGAACAGAGCCAUCCUUUUCUUCUAGAAAACCAGAUAUUUACAAUGUAAAUAGCUGAACUGAUUCUAUUCUUCUCUGUAACUAAUAUGUAAUAAUUCACCGUCUUGUUGGAUCUUUUAAAAAAAGAUCACUGUAUGCCUAAAUGUAGUUGACCUCUGGCUAUUUCCUUGGUCAGGCAUGUACUGAGAAGGAAGAUCCCAGGGGCUUGUGUAUAUAAAGAAUGAUGUAUAUUUAGUAAAUUAAGUGGGACUUACGGCCAGUAUAUAUUAAACAACAGCAUCUCCAAAACCUAACUAGGAAAAUGAACUGUUCACCUUGCCACGUCCAUUCUGUAAUAAGACACCUGCCUGUAGACCUGCAUGAGCGGACUUCAAAGUAUAACUGACAUUAGGGACUGUAACAUAUAAGUGUUGAUUAAAAAAACCACAAAGCCAAUAAAAGUUCAGCAUAAAGACUGGGGGAUAAAUGUCCAACUUUGAAGCGGUAGCCAGAACCACUAAGCAUGGAUAAACUGAAAAUAUUACCAUUUCCCCCUCCGUACAUUAUUUUCUUUUUUCCCCUUCUGUGUUCCCUCUGGUUGGUGUAAGGGCCCCAUAUUGGCUUUGGCUUCAUUCAUCGAUAGUUUUGAGUUAUUAAAAGCAGAAAGGACUUUCCUUCCCCCUUCAUGUCAAAAGAAAAUCUUGUCUGAGUUCUUCUCGUGAAGAUACUUUUCACUGGUGUACUGAUUUGCUUUUGUUUAGUUGGUUUUUAGUGUUCCAGAUAAAUAACACAGUGUAGUAAACCAUAUUGAUAUAGGACCUCAUUAUGCAUGUCUUCUGCACCCAUUAACUUCAGUGAGACUUUGAGUGCACCAAGUCAUGUAGGGUCAGGAUUCAAAUGAAAUACUUUAAGUACUCUCUGUAUGAAGCCCCAAGUGCACCUCUGUGACUGUACAUUGGGAAAGCUGCUGAAUUUUACAGAAUGGGACCCUCCUUACCUGUGAAGAAGCUGUAGCCAAUGAGUGCCCUUCACUCCUCCUCCUCAGGGCACCUGUAUGAGGCCUGUGCUUUACUUAUGCCCUACUUUGAGGAGUUAGUGUUGUGGAGGCCUUGUUAAGGGCUCUCUGCACAGGGGUGUAUUUCACCGACUGAACAUGGAUGUAUGUCAAGACAGACUGUUCCAAUAAGGAAUGUUUGGGUUGCUUUCUUUAAGAACAAGCUCUAUACUAAUUUAAUUAAAAUAGUUUUGUCCAGGAAAUCCUAUUUGAUCUUCAUGUGGUGGGUGAAAUAAGAAAAGGCAAACAUAGUGAGCUCUUACAGCCCUCUCUGUUUUCUUGCCCCCUUUCCUUCACCCCUUAUUAAGUUAUGGAGAUAAAAAUCAGCCUAAAGCAACUCUCAACUUACUUCAAUGCCUUUAAGGAGCAGAAUAGAAAAGAGUGGGGUUUGGGUAACAUUACUGUUGUAAAUCAGUGAUAAGCAAGGAAUUCAAAUGUAUUUUUGUGUUUAGAUAGUGAUGGGAUUAGGCUUUGCAGAGCUGAGUCCCCUACACUAACCAGGCGAGCAUUGUGGUCUAUUCUUCUUCCAGUUUUCAUGCAAAGAAAUGGGCCAAAACUAAAACAUUUAAUUCAAACCCCAUUGAUUUGCUGCAGAAUUUGGAUUUAAAACCCAGGCUCCAAACACCUUUAUAAGAUUUUGGUUCCAAAAUGGAACGGGGUGGUGGUGGGAAUAUUUUCCAUUUAAAUGUACUUGAAAUCUUCCAACACAGGGUUUUUGUGAGGCUUGCACCUCUCCAGCAUAGAAGUAAAAGUCUUUGUGAGAACACUUCAUGAGAUCUCUGUAUCCAAAUCCACACACUAGCCAUAUUUUUACUUCAAACAAACCCUGAAUCCUAAAUUAUAGUGAUUCUAGAUCAGGAUCUGGCCAUUGCUGUUGCAUAUCACAUAAUGCCCAUUGACCUUUAUAGGGAGCUGUGGUUCAAGCACUUUAAAAUAAUAGACCUCUAACUUGAAAUUUCAGUUCUUUAGUCUGCUGGUCUCACUUUUAAUUUCACUUAUUUUGGUGAAAAGUAGUUUGUUAUAGAAAGAUUGGUUAUGGCAAAUAAUCUAUGUUGAAUAGCAUUUAUAGAAAUGAGGCAAAACUUUACCUGUUUGUUUGUUCAGAGCACAUAGGAAAGAGAGCAGUAUCAUCAUUGGGAUUAAGAUCAGCAAGUAAAUUUUGUGCCUGGCAAAAAUUCAUGAGGAGACUGUAAGGCUGGAUUAAGCAUAUUAGUGCAGGUUUUAAUUCAUCUUAGACGUUUGGCAUGGCUUCAGUCCAUUGGUGUGAUGGGAAACUAAAGCCUGAUGGUCCUGUAGAUGGAAACUGUGGCCAACAACCAGUCAUUUUGGCUUUCUCCACCUUACUAAUGGCACAAGCCUUUUCUUUUGGGGGUAGCAUUAUACUAUUGUUUAGAAAAAAUACAUUCUCCAAUUAAACUGCUCUCUGGCUAAGACCUUCCUCAAACCAAUACAAAUAAAGCAUGAACUCCAUUUUAGGUUAAUACACUGUGCCUUCUCCAGCAGAUGGUCAUGAUUUUUAAUCAUAAUGUUCUUCUGAACUCUCCUACUAACUGCACAGCUUGAAGCGCUUAGCUAGCAUGUCUUCAAGAAGAUGUGAUUAUGGGUCUCUUAGCAUAUAUGGUGCAUUGUGAGCAAGUUUAGUUGGUUUAAUUACUAGUGAUUUCUUAAUGGAUUUGUCAUAUUUUAAAAUGGGCCUCAGGGAAGGAUUAAUUAUUGUUUGUCUUGUUGAUGCCUCCGUCGAAGGCUCUGUCCAUAUCCCAGCAGGACACACAUUUGUAUAUAAUAGUAACUGGGCCAGUGAAAAAAAUAGCUACUUUUCUGAAUGCUUGUGCCAAGUCUCCUUAUAGGGAGCAGCUGGUUCUCGGCUCUGCAGUGAGAUACCGUAAAUGUGGAACAAAGGAUUUGAGCAUCUAAAACUUUUCCCGUUCAAAGGAGGAUUGUGAAAGGAAUUUCAAGAUGGUUAACUUCCAGCUCUGGCUGAUGUGAGAUGCAGGUAGAAAAUGUAUGAUCUCAUCUUAAUACAAACUAAAUUUUGGUUCCAGGAUAUUCGAGAUACAAGGUGGAUGAAGUCAUAUCUUUUACUAGAACAACCUCUGUUGGUGAGAGAGAAGCUUUCUAGCUACACAAAGCUCUCUUGCUUGUCUCUUUCACCAAUAGAAGUUGGUCCAAUAAAAAGCUAUUAACUCAUCCAUCUUGUUUCUCUACAAACUAUAUAGGCAGACAUUGAAAUAAUUCUCUUUCAUUUUCCAGGAACAACCAAUGGUUUAGGGGAUGUGUGGGGUGGAAAAUCUUUUAAGGUCAUCUGCUCACUGAUUGACAUAUGUUAGGGCGGAAAAGUCCUGUAUAGAUAUGGGCAAGAAAUCAUCUGCAGGUACCAUGAAAAUACCACACCGUCAUCAAUUCCUGCCUAACAUCUGAAGAAGCACAAAUGAAGUGGAAUUGGACCAUUGAUUCCAGUAUGUGACAGGGAUCAGUCCCUGAGGCAUCAGGCGGUGGAAAACACCCCUCCAUGUGCCGUAGUAUAUAUGAUGGUGCAGAAAACAGUUCUUCUUGGUGAUCAGUUUAUGCCAGGAGGCAUCAGGAUUAUUUGCCUUACAUUCUCCAAAACCAGAUCUUAUCUUUUCAGCUUCAGUCCUACUGCCUUAUCCUAAAACUAGGGAAAAGAAUUACUAGUGGGCUGAACUCUGAUGAGACCCCAAACCAGGAGGAGAGAUUUGCGGGGUCCCUACAAAUCAAAUGUGGACCAGGUUUGCCAAUGAGGUUAAAAAAAACGCAAACAAAACAAGCCUUGAGGCUAACCUGAAACAAAUUUAGAGUGAACCUACACUCUUUAUUGUAGAAUAUUGAUUUUUUUAAUGACCCUAAAUACUGUAUUAGCAAACCUAUCAUAAACUGCCCUGGUUGCAGCUCUUGCUGUAAGGUUUACAUAAGGACAGGCUAUGUUUCAGGUAAAACAAUCAGACUCAAUCGUGCAUGAUUUGAACCCCAAUUUAAGGGAGUAUGAACAAAGAGAAAUUUAAAUGAAGAGUUUGCAUAAAACCUUUCUAAAAAGCAAAACUGCUAAUUUCCGUAGAACCCCUAGCCAGAAGUGGGAGGACUAAGAAAAAGAGAGGGACUGCUAUCUGAAGUGGGAGGACUAAGAAAAAGAGAGGGACUGCUAUUUAAAGUCACUGCACCUAGUGAGAAAUGAAACCCUAUAUCUAAAUAUUGUGAACUUUGGAGUUCUAAGGCAGAGCCCUGGUCAAACUUCAGCUCAAGCCCAAUGACAUAUCAUGUGGGUUCUUAGCAGUGGCAGAGGAUUGCUUUUUGUAUUCAGUUUCCUGAAAGGUCAGUGCAUAUUAUUUAAGCGUAAAUGCACUUACCCCUCGUGUUCUCUCUGGCACUGUUGACCCUCUCAUCCUCUUCCCCACUCAAAAAGAGUGUGGCAAAUUCAACGUGCCUGGAUAAUUCAGCGACACUCACAGUUGGUGAUUCCAGUUGGACAAGUGGCAGCACUACUGAGCUGCUUGCUUUUAUCUUGCGGACCUCCUGCAUGAUCAGUUCAAAUGGAAUGAGUAUGUUAAUGGCAGAGGCAAUAAAAUUACAGUGUCACUACAAUCUUUCACUCACAAGCAGCAAAAUGUAGGAUUGCUAAAACUUAGGGAAUGAAUUGUUGCAAUGAGUGUUAACUACCCUUUCUCCUUUUCUGGUGUUAGUGACAUUGACCGAAUAACAGUGUGGCCCCCUAACAUCUUUAACAGUGCAGCAUACAAUGCAAUCUACAUAGGCACAGCCACUACCCUUUAAUGCACAAAAUGUGUUGAUGCCAUUGUGACACACAAUGAAGCCAGAGCUCAGGGACUUGGAUAAAGAUUCCACUCCAGAUUUGCAAUGCAUCUCUUUCAGCAAGUUGACUGUAGUAUUGUUUUAAUUGCAAACCCUUUAGUGGACAUAGCACACACUGGGUUUAGAGCUGGACAGGGCAGAGUUGACAACCAAGAAUAUUCCCCAAUUAUUCCCUGCCGAUGCUGGUUUGUAUUACUGUAGGGAGUUAAAACUUACUUCUCCUAUGACUGCAGUUUUCACAUGACUCUUCUGAUUGUGGCCCUGUAAAGCUGUAUGUAUAACCUCUUUUAGAAGAACACAAGUGAAGGAACAUGAGGUGAAGCAAGAUCAUCAUCUAAAGGCAAGAAUGUGCUGAAGGCAUCACUGGAAACCAAACCAGUACUCCUAUCAGUUCUGUACUGCAUUUCUUCCCCUACUCUGUGAAAACUGGGCAGUUUAUCAUGUUCUUGAUGAUCAUGGACAUUUCAGGUAAUGCUGCUUUUCUUGGAACAAGCACGUUUCUGCAGCAAGUUUACUGUUUAAAAAAAAAAAACAGUUGCCAGUUACCUUUAUGGCGUUAGUUGUGUCUUCUCCAUGGGAAGACAAUGCAGGAAAAACUCAGAUGGAUCCUUCAGAAGUGUCACUGGCAGAUACAUUUUCAAAGCAUUGUAUGGGAUUUUAGCCAUGGUGAGUCCUGUGAAAAUCAUUUGCAAGCCUGUGCCUAAAAUCCCUCAAAAGUUGGAAGAAAGUAUGUUCAUUUACACACUAGGGUUUCUCCAGCUGGUACCAACCGCUGAUAAGCAUGAGACUAGUUUGAUGAAACUCACCUCCACACAAGAAAAUGAAUGUGUCAAAAUGGAGAUGACAUGCUUGCAUUGUUCUCUCUUUCAGAUAGCUUGGUGGUUUAGUUUGCUGUAAUAUAGGAAAGGGGAAUUAUUUCCAGGGGGCAUAGCUACAUUGCUUUCUCCCCACCUUCACGUUGUCUUUGCUUCUUUCAUCUUUCCCUGGGGUUUCAUAUCAGUGGACUCUGUAAGAGCGUACAUGAAAUAAAAUAUAACCCCAAUGAGCCCUGAUACAGUAAAAGCUACUGGAGAAUGCUGUAAUUAUGUAGACCCCUGCUGAAAACCUCAUUUAAAGUAUGUUUAACACACAGCCUACUUCCCAAACAAAAGCAAGUUAUCUACCUGUAAUUCUUACCAUCUAAAAUCAAUUAUUUAGUGGAUUCCUACCCUUGGGUAUAUGCUUUCUAUUUGCACCCACACUGCAUAAGGUUGCUGAGGUAGUAGAAAGUGAGGGAUCUAUUGCAACUGGUAACUUUGGAGAAAAAUCACCUAUUUAGCUGUAAUUCUUGUUGCUUCCUAAAAAUAUAAUGUAUGAUGAAACCCUACAGUUAGGUCCAGCCUUCAAGUAUAAUAAAUUAAUACACAGUGAGGUCUCUCAGAGGAAGCAUAGAUCCAAAAUACUAUAUGUUUGAAGUAACCACUUUCAGAUCCAGUUUAGUGUAUAAUGAAAUUAUAUCUCUGAUGUGGUACAUCUGUCAGGUAAUCCAGAAACAAACUGCAGUUUGGCAGUGUUGGGAGCUGCCAUCAGAGAGGGUCUAACUUUGUCACCAUGCUAAUUAAUAUCUUCAUCUGUAAAUGGUCCCUUUUAGUAUCAUUCACAUAAGAGUGGCAGAAUCAGGUCCAAAGUGAGUGUGAUGUAGCUUUGAUAAGUUAUACCCACCUAUCGAAUUGGAAUAGUUUCAACUACCUGGUGUUCCAAAGAACCUACAUAUUUCCAAAUCACUUCUGAUUAAUCAUUCUCUAUUUAAAUUUAAGGGCUCAGUGAGGUUAGUAUGAUCAUCUACACAACCCUAAUGCUCCCUAGCAUAGCAAAAUUUAUGACAGUCUCUCCAUAAAGUUAAUUUCAUGUCUUCUAUUUGUAAGUAGAACACUCCAAUAAGAGAUAUUACAUCAGAUAUACAGUAGGUAAAAAUAAGAUCAAUGCAUUCUCUUUAAAAGAUGACAAUGUAGUAUGACACUUACUGAUUAAGGAAGUCAUUUUGCCCUGUCAGAAGGCUUUUUUUUUUAAUUGUGAUUAUUCUCAAAUCCAUGAUACAUUGUUUAGAGCAGAUGUCCCCCAAGAAAAGUCAUAUUUGUAUCAACCUUAUACUCUUCCUCUGAGGAACUAAUGAAUUUGCAUUUUAUAGCAAAGAACAUGCAAGGAGGGUAUAAUGCCACUGAAUUACUGGCAUACAUGCUAUAAGGGUAAUAUGCAAGGAACAGUGACAUCACAGCGUGAAUGAGAGCAAGAGCAUGUUAUGUUACUUUUGCAGAAAAAAAUCAAGUGGAAUAGGAUUUAGGGUAAUACAUAGCACCAAGAAAUUGAAGAAUGAGCUAUAGAGUUUCUGCUGUUUUCUAAGUAAAUGGCGAUUAUUUGCCAAGCCAAUUUUUCUGUAAAAUAGUGUCAAUUCAGUCAUCUCUUGAAUGAGAAAUUUAAGCAUAUGCAUUUCUCUAAGUGCCAGUUAUCUGCUAGUUUAAUAAAGAACUGAGGAUCUACCACAUUUUUUCCCUUUCAGUAUCGGAACACCUUUCCUGAAAUGCAAUCGGUAUCAUUAUUUACAGUAUCUAGAAAUGCACAGUAUGUGAAAUACAGUGAGACCUGUCUUAAGCCAUUGUCCAAAGAGAUGGCAAAAGUCAGUUAGAAGGUAGUGCAGAAUUGGUCUUAAGGGACCUGAUUCUGUAUUGCCUCGUGGCAUGGUUCAUACACGUGAAAAUUUGUGCAAUACUUGCCUAUUCUGAUUGGCAAGCGUGGUACACACACACCCCAGUAUUGACACAAGGGAUAUUAUGACAGGUUUCAGAGUAGCAGCCUUUUCUUUUUUCAGAUAGGAUGGGGAUGGAUGACCUUAGGCCCAAGGUAUUUGGGAGUGGUCUCAGCACGGGAGGCUGCCUAUUAAUUAGGGUGUCUUGUUCAGAUUUUACUGUAUGUAAUUUCAGUGCACUUUUUAAGGCACAAUGAAUGGUUAGGAGUUAUAUAACCAUAAUUCAAGGGUAUUACAAGGCAUAGAGUCAUUCUUUUUAUUUUUCCAGGAAUGCAAUUGUCUCAUUCGUAAUAAUAGAUGUAGCACAGCUUUAUUGCUAUUGCUUAAACCUUCGUGAGGGAAGAAAAGGAAGUAGGCUAUAAUGAGUGUUGAACAAUAGUUUCAGCCAAGCCAUGUGAUUUACAUAAAUUAAAGAACUGGUACCUUAUUAGCAUGCUGAUCAGCCAGUCAGAACAACUCUGUCAUUAUAAGCAAUUUUGUAGCUGGUGCUACGUUUAGCAUUGCAAACUGAUGGAUGCACACCUGAGAGUCAUGUCAGUAGGAAAUGAUUUCAUUAUAAUCAUUACUGUGUUAAUAGAUACCAAAUUAAAUCAGCACAGUGGGACAAAGCAACAUAUUCUGAUUGGAAAUGGUCUUCAUACAGGAAAAUGCUUGAAAAAAAAAUUAAACUGCUACUUACAGCCCAGAUCCUAAGUGGAAUUCCACACCACCACCUGUGCUGGUGGAGGGCCAGGUUUGGAGACCCUCUGCCAGGAGAUACGCUUUCCCCUACAGUGUGCUGCCCCUUCACUGGUUGUUCUCCCUCCUCUAAAGGAGGGAAGAGGAGUAAGGGGAGGCAUGUCAAAAGAACAGCCGAUGAGUUCACACAGAGUGUGAAUCUGUAAAUGCCAAGCCCCUGCACUAGAGGGAAGCUGCAGGCCAUGGCACCUGUUCCGCCUUCCAUAACCUGGGGGAGUUUCUCUGCUGUGACUUGCUUCAGCACAGUGACCUGGACACAGUUACUUAGGCUUGGCACUCGUUUUCAGAAUUUACAAACGCACAAUUUGAUUGACGCUUUUUGUUCUAGUUGUCACGUCCAUCACUGAGCAACAGAAAAUGCAACAUUGUUUUCACAUGGAAUUUUAGUGUGACCUUUUGGUUAGCUGGCAGAAUUCUACAUUAAGUCUCUCACCAGGCCUGUUUUAACCAACUCCCAGGACUUUGACUUACCUCCCCUUAAACACAGAAGACUGAGGCAGGCAGCUCUCAAGGCUGGAAAAGAAAAUGCCAUUCUUCAGGCCUGCAGGAUUUAAAACAAUGACUGAAAGGCGAUUUUAACUAACAGGAGGGUAAUAAAUUCUGGAGUGC